UGAUUUUUCCGCGUCUGCUCGCUCUGAUAAUAAGAUUUGCUUUGAAGGUAUAUUUCCUACCAACGAAUCUUGUAGUUAUGGUUCACUACGUGUACACAAUACAUAGAAACACAUGUGGUACUCAUUUCUGUCGAAUUGGGAGAGCUCGCUCUGUUACCCGGUACUCAAACAAAUGUGGGAUGAUUAAAAAUAGUUUAUAAACAAAAUCCUUUUGAUCUUUUGUUGUGUAUAUGCUCAUGCUUAUGCAGGAGUUCAGUCGGGUUGUUGAGGUAACAACGAGAGGUAUACCCUUGCCAAUUUGCAGUUAACUUUCGUGGUUGAAUUUCCCCUUAUGUGUGGUACUGAAUAGUUGAUUUCGUUAGCAAUCUUCAAUCAAACAAAUGUCAACCUUCGAGGUAACAUCAGAGCUGUAUUCAGAAUCUGAUUUUGCUACAAUAAAUACGCCUAAUGGAAACAGUGUAUCCCGAUUCGCAUUCGUGCUACCCGCUGAGCAAAACUCGAAAAGUGGGAAAUGCCUAAAUGGUAAAAAUCGUGAACCUGAUCCAGAUUGUAACAAUGAAGAACGAGCACAAUAUAUAGAUCCCAUUACUCACAACAUUGAAUGUGAACACAAGUCAGAGAAUGAUCAGUCAGAAUGUUUGAAAUGUGUACCAUUCAAAAGGAAAGAAAGUUUACCGCAAAUGGAUAAAGAUGGAGAUUUGGUGGUGGAAAGAAAGCAGAAAGAUGUAAUCGAAAUCGAACACCACAAAUCAACAAAACUUGACCUCGUCGGUCUGCAGAUCUGGCGGGGCGCGUUACUACUGGCCGAUUAUAUCAUUUAUAACGAGAAGAAAUUUAAAAAUAGAAAAAUACUAGAGUUGGGAUCCGGUGUUGGCUUGACAAGCGUCGUGUCAAGCUUUUUUGCACGAGAAGUCAUAUGCACAGAUAUAAAUGUGGGUGGUCUAUUAGACUUGAUUCAAUCGAAUGUCAACAGAAAUUCCCAUUUAAAAAAUCCCGACUGCAAUGUAACAGUUACAGAACUUGAUUUCAAAGUUCGAUAUGAAGACUAUCCUAGUGAAUUAAAGUCAACUUUGCAAGACGUAGAGUAUGUGAUAGCCGCAGAUGUUAUCUACGACGACGAUAUAACGGAAGCUUUCGUCCUCACUCUUGAGAGUUUACUGUUGGAACUGCCCAAGCUGAAGGCAGUUUACAUAGCUCUAGAAAAACGUUAUGUGUUCACUGUUGAAGACAUGGACUCGGUGGCACCAUGCUAUGAGCAUUUCUUAAGAGUUUUCCAUAGAAGAAACAAUCGAUUUGGGAUAACCCGAUGGAAGCUCAUGCAAGUUCCACUUACUUUUCCACGUUAUUUCAUUUAUGAAAAAGUAAAAGAGCUUGUGUUAUUAAAAAUAUCCAAUUAAACCAUGUUCAUUGCCAAAUAUAUUAUAA